GCCUGCGCCAGCUCAGUCGCGGCGGAGCUGCGGGGAGAGAGUGAUGUGUCUGCUGGUGCUACUGGCGGGCGCCUGCGUCCUGCUGGGAUCCGGUUGGGCCACGGUAGCCGAGCCCAAGGCCCUGUCUCCAGAUAACUUGUUGGUGAUCACUGUGGCAACCAGUGAGACUGAGGGCUUCAAACGUUUCAUCCGGACUGCAAGGCAUUUUAACUACACGGUCAAGGUGCUGGGUCUGGGCGAAGAAUGGAAGGGAGGGGACGUGGCACGAACGGUGGGAGGUGGCCAGAAGGUCCGAUGGUUGAAAAAGGAGCUGGAGAGGCACGCAGACAAGGAAGACCUCAUCGUCAUGUUUGUUGACAGUUACGAUGUCAUCUUCGCUGGCCCGCCCGUGGAGCUGCUGAAGAAGUUCCUGUACUUUAAUCACAAGGUGAUCUUCGCAGCCGAGGAGUUCCUGUGGCCGGACGAGUCUUUGGAGGACCUUUACCCACCUGUCCACAGCGGCAAGCCAUAUCUCAACUCCGGAGGGUUUAUUGGAUAUGCUCCCGACAUCAACGACAUUGUUCAACAGUGGAAGUUCAGGGAUAACGACGAUGACCAGCUCUUCUACACCCAGAUCUACCUCAACCCUGAGCUGCGGGAAAAAUACAAGAUAACGCUCGACCAUCGAUCCAUGAUCUUCCAGAACCUCAACGGUGCUCUAGAUGAAGUGGUUCUGAAGUUUGAGAGAGGGAAGGCCAGAGUACGGAACGUUGCCCAGGACACGUUACCAGUGAUUAUCCAUGGCAACGGGCCUACCAAGCUCCAGCUCAGUUAUCUGGGAAACUAUAUUCCCAAUGCCUGGACACACGAGACCGGAUGUGGGAUCUGCGACGAAGACAUGUUGGACUUUUCACAGCUGCAGGAUGAGGACUACCCUCAUGUGACAAUUGGUGUCUUCAUCCUCCAACCAACCCCCUUCUUCCAGGAAUUCCUGGGACGCCUCACUACUCUGGAUUACCCACACGACCAGCUCAGCCUCUUCAUCUACAAUCGGGAGGUUUACCACGAGAAACACAUCCAGGAGUUCUGGGAGAAAUACAGGGAGGACUUCUACACGGUCAAGGUCGUGGGGCCUGAGGAGGAGAUGACGGAGGGAGAGGCCCGGGACAUGGGACUCCAUGUGUGUCGACAGAACCCAGACUGUGACUACUACCUGAACCUGGACUCGGACGUGGCCCUGACCAAUCCCGAGACCCUGAGGAUCCUCAUUGAGCACAACAGGAACGUGAUUGCCCCCAUGGUCAGUCGCCACGGCAAGCUUUGGUCCAACUUCUGGGGUGCAAUCAACACUGAGGGAUACUACAGCCGCUCAGAGGACUACAUCGAUAUAGUCCAGCUCAAGAGAGUAGGAAUCUGGAAUGUUCCGUACGUCUCGCAGGUCUACCUGAUCAAAGGCGAAAUUCUGCGCACUCAGCUGAGGCAUAAGAAUGUGUUCACCCGCCAAGAGAUGGACCCCGACAUGAUCUUCUGCAAGAAUAUCCGCGAAAAGGGAAUAUUCAUGUACGUUACCAACAUGGACGACUUUGGACACCUCGUGACAACGACCAACUACAACACCAGCCGCCUGCACAAUGACUUGUGGCAAAUCUUCUCAAACCCAGACGACUGGCGUGACAAGUACAUCCACGAGAACUACUCACAGAUCUUCACCGACGAUAUCGUGCAACAGCCAUGUCCUGAUGUAUACUGGUUCCCCAUCCUCAGCGAGGAAGCGUGCGACCAGCUGGUUCAGGAGAUGGAACAUUAUGGCCAGUGGUCCGGGGGUAAGCACGAGGACUCCCGGCUCAGCGGAGGCUACGAGAACGUCCCGACGGUGGACAUCCACAUGAAGCAGGUGAACUUUGAGCGGGAGUGGCUGAAGUUCCUGAGGGAGUACAUUGCUCCCGUCACGGAGAAGCUCUAUCCCGGAUACUACACUAAGGCGGAAGCGGUCAUGAACUUCAUGGUCCGUUACCGGCCCGACGAACAACCCUCCUUGCGACCCCACCACGACUCCUCCACCUUCACCAUCAACAUCGCCCUCAACACCAAAGGUGUCGACUACGAGGGUGGAGGCUGCAAGUUCUUGAGGUAUAACUGCUCGGUGGAGAGUCCGCGCAAGGGCUGGUCACUCAUGCACCCGGGACGUCUGACCCACUUCCACGAGGGCCUGCCGACCACCAGAGGCACGCGAUAUAUCAUGGUCUCCUUCGUGGACCCCUAACAAAGGCCAUGCCGGACGUCUGGAGUGGUGGGGGGAGAGACCCCUGGCUUUUCAACCAGACUUUCUGCAGUUAUUUAAAAGAAGGUCUCCAUCCCUACCUUCCUCCACCCCACUCCUCUCCAAUCCUCCAUCCUCUAUCUCCCUUCCUUUCCUCUCCCAUACCCCUCCCCUUGGUUGGACAAUCAACAAUUGACCGAUUUUGAAGAGAAAGACCCCUAUCGGCCCUAAAACCACCUCCAUCAAUCAGACCUUACCGGGCCUCUCCAUAUUGGUUACCUUUCUCUUCCCCUGCACCCUGCGGGCUCUGAUUGGACAUUCUGGAUCAGUUCACCAUGGAAACCCAGCGCCUUGGAUAACCCACUGGCCUCGAGAUCUUCUGAGAGAGGGUGGGUCAGCGGCAACCCUGUCCUCCGCACCCUCUGAUCGCCUCAGUGCCUAUCCAGCUGCGAGAGACGUCCGGCGAGUUUGCAGUCCUCCAGACGAAGUCACCUCAGCCUUAUCACCAGCCUUUGCCCCGGUGUUCUGGACUCUCCGAGAGGGAGGGGGACUCUGGGCUUCAGCCUUGACCUGAUUCCUCAGUGUGAAGGCCAUCAACCGGAAACUUUGCCUCCUGCUCCUCCCUCCUCCUGUCGUGCCUUACUUUGCACUGCCAAGAUCUGCGGGACCUGUGCACCUAAUUCUCCCCCGGACGCUCCUCAUUUCGUUUCUGGGGAGAGGGAGGUCAGGUGGGUAGGCUGAAUGGGGCGAUGCACAGGCUAAAUACCACCCGUGCCGUUUAUCCCUGCCCACUCCCCCUGGGAUCCAGUCGUCCUGCCAGGUCCCAAGCACAGCCGUUGCUGCCUCAGUUUUGGCCCAAUUUGGACCAGUGGUAAACGAGGUGAGGGGCCUCCCUGGUAUGGGGAGAGGGAGACCGUAGUCCUCGUAGAAGCCACCCACUGUCUCUCCUCCAUGUCCCACAGCAUCCUGACUUGGAUAUGCUUUAGAAAGACGUCCUGCGCCAGAGCAACUCAGUGGGAACCAUAAGAUAGAGGAGCAGAAUUACGCCUUUCAACCUGUCACCCUUUCAGAAUCACCUCCAUCUACACACAGGCCCCCCACCCUGGCUUUCUGGGGUGGGGUCACU